AAGCACAACCCUCGUCUCCUCCCCAAAACGCCCCCGCCCUUUUUCUUCCCUCUCUACCCCCAAUCUCCUCACUAGCACCUUUUUUUUCUUCCCUUUCUACGCAACAAACUAUUCUCCCUCCCUUCUUUAACAAAGAACUAUUCUCUCGCCUAUUCUCUCCGCCCUCCUUUUUGUCCACUCUCUCCUCCCGUCCCUAUGGCGGACUCCGGCGACAAGAGAAGCCGGGAGGAGUCAGAGGAAAUCCCGGAGGCGAAACGGCUCCGCGCUGAAAUACUCUUCGACAUCCUCGACGACGACUCCGACGCCGGCGACCGGGAUCCGGCCACCCAAGACCUGGCCUCCGUGAUGAAGAUAUUCGAGGAGGAGAUCGCCCUCCCGCCGACCCCGCCACCGCCGGCGGCUUCGGACGCGGUGGAUCCGGCCUUUUCGCCGGCCGAUAUUGAAAAUCUCGGCCAACCGGAUCUCGGGUACCUUCUCGAGGCCUCGGAUGACGAGCUCGGCCUCCCGCCGACGGUCCCGUCCUCGUCAGACGAGGGCGGGGACGCUGGGGAGGCUGAGGCCGCCGGCGGCGAGGUGGAGGUCGAUGCCGAUGGGUUCGGGCAGAUCUGGGCGUUCGACGACGAGCUUGCGGGGUGCUACGAUGCGCUGGAGUUUGGGGUCCGGCAGCAGGAUGAGAGGGAGGCGUCGGCGGCCGAGGAUGCUGUGGUUUUCGACGGCGGCCUCUUUGAUUAUCCGGACGUGCUCUGCGGGCCGUCCGAUUUCACUGAUCUCUCGAGGCGGCCGGAAUCUCUGCCGGCCGUCUGAUGGAGCUUUCCGGUGGAUACCUGUUUAGCUUUACUUUAUUUUGUUUUACCUUUUCGGACGGUAGUUUGUAAAUUUUAGAAAAACUGGAACAAAAGGCCGUAGAUUUUAGGGAAAAAAAAAGGGGUUCUGACGUCAUCAUUCUUCUCUUUCUAGAAAAUUCUCUCUCGUGCCUUAAGUUUGGCAAGUGGGAUGACUUUGGGAGAAAAAACUAUGGAUGAAUAAAAUUAACUAAUUUUAGCCAAAAAAUAAAAUAAAAUUAACUAAACCGUGCCUUUCGUUGCGGUGACCGUUUGAUGGCUUUUUCGGGCGUCAUGAAUGACAUGGGAUGUUUUUUUUA